GCUAGAGAACGGAGCUGCCUAUCUAGGAGGGCAGGUGCGCAGCCACUCGAGGACACCAGCCAGGGCUGGAAGCGGGUCCCGCGGCGCGGCGAUCCUCCCCAGGGCUGCCUGGUCCCCAGCCGCUUGGCAGCUGCGCCGAGCCCAGCCCGGCGAGGGGCGCGCUCAUGGAGCACACGCACGCCCACCUCGCUGCGAAUAGCUCAGCUUGCGGCUUGGGCUUCGUGCCGGUGGUCUACUACAGCUUCUUGUUGUGCCUCGGGUUACCAGCAAAUAUCUUGACAGUCAUCAUCCUCUCUCAACUGGUAGCCAGAAGACAGAAGUCCUCCUACAACUAUCUUCUGGCACUUGCUGCUGCCGACAUCUUGGUCCUCUUUUUCAUCGUCUUUGUGGAUUUCUUGUUAGAAGACUUCAUUUUGACCAUGCAGAUGCCUCCGAUCCCUGACAAGAUCAUAGAAGUGCUAGAGUUCUCCUCCAUCCACACUUCUAUUUGGAUUACAGUCCCCUUAACAGUUGAUAGGUAUAUCGCAGUCUGUCACCCACUCAAAUACCACACAGUUUCCUACCCAGCCAGGACCCGGAAAGUCAUUCUGAGUGUUUAUAUUACCUGCUUCCUGACUAGCAUCCCCUACUACUGGUGGCCUAACAUCUGGACUGAAGACUACAUCAGUACCUCCAUGCAUCAUGUCCUUGUCUGGAUCCACUGCUUCACCGUGUACCUGGUGCCCUGCUCCAUCUUCUUCAUCUUGAACUCAAUCAUUGUGUACAAGCUUAGGAGAAAGAGUAAUUUCCGCCUCCGUGGCUAUUCCACUGGCAAGACCACUGCCAUCUUGUUUACCAUCACCUCCAUCUUUGCUACCCUCUGGGCCCCCCGCAUCAUCAUGAUUCUCUACCACCUCUACGGAGCACCCAUCCAGAACCCUUGGCUGGUCCACAUUAUGUUGGAUGUUGCCAACAUGCUGGCUCUUCUGAACACAGCCAUCAACUUCUUCCUCUACUGCUUCAUCAGCAAGCGCUUCCGUACCAUGGCAGCUGCUACACUCAAGGCCUUGUUCAAGUGCCAGAAGCAGCCUGUACAGUUCUACACCAACCAUAACUUUUCCAUAACAAGUAGUCCCUGGAUCUCACCAGCAAACUCACACUGCAUCAAAAUGUUGGUGUACCAGUAUGACAAACAUGGGAAGCCUAUAAAAGUAUCCCCGUGACCCCACAGGGCUGGCACUUGUGCCUGCGUGUAAUCUGUUUCCAGAAGAGAGGGUAUCCCAUCCUCUGGUUGAACAGCUCUCCUUAAGAGUGCUAACCUGAUUUCCAGUCUCCACAGACUGAGCCGCUCUCAGACUGGCAGAUGAGAAGAAAUGGAAGAGAAGAAAGGAGAGCAUGAAUCUUGGUGUUUUAGGGGUUUUUUUCUUCUUUUUUAUGCACUCAUUUUCACAAAAUCACACUGACAGCCAAAGUUCCUGCUGGCUUGAAGACACCAUUGGCACUUAUAAAUGCCAUCAUAUUGUGACCAAUAAAGACCAUGGUAGAGAAGUAAUUAGUGCUGGUACCAUCCAUAGUCACUAGGAACCAGCCACUCAUGUGUGUGGUCCAUCCAGCCACCAUGGUGUGUAGCUGAGCCACAAUCUUCUUCCAAGAGUUGAGGUCACCCAUCAUAUCCCUGUGCCAUUGUCAGCAGCUAACAGGGCUGACUGAUUUUGGGAUUCUUUUCAAAGGUGCCCUUCGUCCUAGACAGAGUUGUGGUCUCCAAGUGGCCCUGGCAACUCUGGCUGCAGAAGACAACAUGGGGAAAGGGACGUGUCACAUCCCAUCCAAACUCCUGCUGUGCCGGAAUGUCUAUGGGGAGGCUCCAAACCAACAUGACUAUGUCCCUUAGACUUGGGGUCUAAGGUGUAGUUUUCUAUUUGCCAUAUUGUAUAGAUUUUAUGUCUCCUCUAAAACAAAGACCCUGCCCUGGUGUGUGGGGGGAAAGGAGAAAUUCUUGAGCCCAGAAAAACAAAAAAUCAAGCCCACUCUUGCCACUGUUUCGAUUCAUCACCAUAUCAGCUGUUUGCGAUCCUUGCAUUCAAAAUCAUCUUGCUGUGGCACUAUACACGCCUCCUGGAGAAGCCUUUUAUGUGUCAAGUUGUUAUUCCUGCUCCUUGCUUGCUCAAGCCCUCACCUAUAUCGCUUUACUUGAAGUGACUUCUUAACUGGAGAUACUAGUCGGGAGGUUAGAAAACUGCAGCUCUUCUGGAGGGAAGGGAGUGUAUAGCACCCACCAAAACCCAGCUGGCAUUGCUGUGUAAGACCCAAAGUACAAACAAACUGGAGGGGUGGUUGUGCCAACCACUGCUAUGUCCUUUGAUGUAAGUAGCUGAGUCAGGAAGGGGUGCCAGUUAUCAGUAAAGCUGUUUAACUUGGAUGCUUCAAAGAUACUAAAAUUUAUUAUUUUCCCCUUUCCUGUUCAAGUUAAGAAGAAAUCUCGGAUGUGGAUAGGGGCUUCCCUGAGAGUGUAGACAUAUAAAACACAGGUAUAGACACAACUAUACUAAACUGUUAUGUGGUGUGCUUUAAAAGGAUGUCCACACUAGAGUUCCUCUCAUUUUAUUUCUGCCCCUUUUCAAGAUAUCUGAAACCAUCCCUGGUUUAGAAGAAAUCCUCUAAAAUGAUUUUUGAAAUUGCAUAAUAUUGGUGCCAAACUAAACAGAGUCACCUGAAACACUUGGUUUGAUUUGUCCUGCAUUUUCUCUCUAAGUUGGAGGGCAUGUCCCUAUCACCUUAAGGGGUUCUGCAACAAAGGAAUGGGAAGGAAAGACCCCUGAAGCAACACGAGUCCCAAACUUCCACCAGGGCCAUUCAAUACUAACCCAGUGCAAUCGGAGGCUGUAUUGUUCCUAUCCCUGUUAAAUGGCUUAUGGGAGAGUCUCGCCAAACCCAGUAGUUAGAUUCUGAAGUCAGUACAAAAGUGAAUGACCUUAUGGGGCUGUGGUUCCUGUGGUUCCCCAGGGAAAAUGACCUUUGAACAUCCAGGAAGUUGCAUUUUGCUCCAGCAUUGGGAUGGGUUGCCGGUACUUUGAUUGAAGAUAAUACAGAUGUUUAGGGGGUGUGUCCUAUUAUUGUGAAGUAUCUGAGAACAUCAGGACUACCUGGAUACAGGAAGCCACACCCACUGAAAAGUCUGCAGAAGUUACUCACGUAAGAGAUGAUCUAAGUUCUAGCAUCCAUCUCGCUUGCUCCCCAGAGCAUAUACUCCAUGAGCGAAAUGUGAGCAAAUCCUCCACAUCUCUUGAAUCGCAUUUCUUUCUUUUUCUCCCCAAGCAUGUGAAAUUGAAUGUAUGUUCAUUAGCUGUGUGUAUGAUACAAUUCCAUUGCACUUCCCCCCGUAAGUAAACAUUAACCAAAGGCUACCUACGCCGAGUAUAUAUUAUGUGUGUGUGCUUAUUUAUUUUUUAAAAUGCAUAUCUCUGAAAAUGUUAGUUUGAGCUAUAGAUAAAUGAUUCAAAGUGCAAUAUCUAUAAAGGUUAAGCAAUUCCUUUUUGAGAAUGUACACAAGAUGAACAACAGUGAGUCUCUGACUCUCAAUGCUGCCUGCUCUGUGUUUUUUAAUUGUAUGUAAAACAAUUAAUUAUUUAAAGCUGGGUGUGUACUGGGAAUGCUUUCUCCAGACACUCAUUUAUGACUUUUCGUAGCAGGAGAGGUUCUAUUAGUAGGUAUGGCAGCAUCUCUUUCUUCUGACUACAUUCCUAUUUCUCUAAGCAAUUUUUCAAACUAAUCCAUAGAAGCACUCCAGAGAGUUGCUGUAUCUUCUGUUUAAAAUACACAUGGAUACCCUUUUGGUUAGGUUGCUAUAUAUCAUAGCCUAUAUAUGUAUAUAUGUAUACAUAUGUAUGUAUGUAUAUAUAUACUAAAGUUUAAGAUUUUAAGAUUUCAGGAAAAUAUUCAUUUAUUAUUGAUAUUAAUAAUAACAAGCAAUGAUGAAGAUGCUUUCAUUUUAACUUUAAAAAUUGUAAGCCUUUUCUUUCAGGCCAGGUUUGGAAGAUGAAGCCCGUCACAUAAACAGCUGCUGCUAAGGGCAAACACCUUAGCCUGGGUUUUUGUGGUGCUUCUUUCAAAGACUGUUCAUUAUCACCUCCAUUGCUGUAUGAUUUGUGUCCUUGGACAUGGUUGACAGUGCCACACAUGUACAUGCUGAGUCUUUUUCUUAGCAACUGGAAGCCUGGGGAAAGAGAUAAGGGGGACAGCAGACAAACCAUAAGAGAUAAGCCAUGUGAAUGAAUGAACAUCCCUGUUCCAACCACCUUGCAAUAGGAAAGGGUUAUUUUGCACAGAUGGUGUCUACUUGUCCAAUGUGGGGAACCCUUUGGAAAUGCAUUAAUGACUCUAAUGUUGACGACUACUACUGUUCUGAGGUUACCACCGAAAAACAGUAAAUGUUCAUAUUUUCUUAAAUAGAUAAUAUAUUGUGUUUGGACUAGUUUGUAUUCUAAUAAAUUCUAAUAUGGUGCACACUUGGUGUUUGCUAUUUGCAUAUAUGUUCAACCAACUGCAGAAUGCUGGUUUUUAUUCAUAUUAUUUUUAAUUGAUAAAUCAUAAUUGUAUACAGGUAUGGAGUGCAGUGUGAUGUUUUGAUAUGUGUAUUAAAUGUGCAAUGAUUAAACCGAGCAAAUUAACA